UUCCGCAAUAUCAAGUAUGGCGAAGACCUACGAUUAUUUGUUUAAACUAUUGCUAAUCGGCGAUUCAGGAGUUGGGAAAACCUGCGUUUUGUUCAGGUUCUCUGAGGAUGCGUUCAACUCAACAUUUAUCUCGACAAUAGGUAUCGAUUUCAAGAUUAGAACAAUAGAAUUAGAUGGCAAGAAGAUCAAGUUACAGAUAUGGGACACAGCAGGGCAGGAGCGUUUCAGAACUAUCACAACAGCAUACUACAGAGGAGCUAUGGGCAUUAUGUUGGUGUAUGACAUCACAAAUGAGAAGUCCUUUGAAAACAUCAAGAACUGGAUUAGGAACAUAGAGGAGCAUGCAUCAGCAGAUGUAGAAAAGAUGAUUCUGGGUAAUAAAUGUGACAUCAAUGACAAGCGGCAGGUCUCUAAAGACAGAGGAGAGAAACUGGCAUUAGAUUACGGCAUUAAAUUCAUGGAAACCAGUGCAAAGGCAAACAUCAAUGUGGAAAAUGCGUUCUUGACACUUGCCAGAGACAUCAAAGCAAAAAUGGACACAAAAUUGGAGGGCAACAGUCCUCAGGGCAGUAACCACGGGGUGAAGAUCACCACAGAACAGCAGAAAAAGAGCAGCUUUUUCCGCUGUGUUUUACUGUGAAGACCUUAGGCCUUACUGUCCACCACCCACAGGCUGGACACAACUGGACUGUGCUUGCUCUAAGCAUUCCUUGCCUCUCUCUCAGUCUCUAUCUCUUUUUCUCAAUCUCUUCCUCUCUCCCUCUUCAGCCCAAGGGCAGAUGGAGCGCUCUGCCAUCCCUCACCUUCCGCUGAUACGAUGGCAUUGUUGUUUCUUCCAGUUUCUGAUCUUCUCCUGAUAAUGCCACGGGCUGCGUUUGGUUUUCCAGCCAGAGAGAAGACCUAAUUGUAGUUGCACAAAAGAUUUCCAACCAAGGAUGAUUCUCUCUCUUUUUUUUUUUUUUUUUUUCCCUUUUUUUCCCCAGCCCUCUUUGUAGUUUGUUUCCCUUUUCCCUUUUGUGAGUGAAUUGCUGCCAAAUUGAUUCCCUCACCUUGACCCCAAAGCGAUAAAACAGUUUUGUUCUGGGCUGUGCCACAGAGCAUGACAAGUUGUGUUAAAGCCAGUCUGAAAAUUGCUCUGUACCAUUCCAUUCACGUUUUUAACCACACGCGCAUUCCUUGACAAUCACAUGACCGUAGUCCCGAUACAAGACGUUGGUACCCUGCAUCUCAACCUUAAAAUCAAAGCAUAAUUCACGUUUUAUCAUUUUGUUGCCCAACUACCCUAUGUUUGUUUAUCCCAUAUAUUCAUUAAUCAAUGUACUUGACAAAAUGGCCUCUAGAAGUCAAUCCAGUCUACAUUCCAGCAUCGCCGUGACGUUCUCGAUAUAAUACAAAAGAAGUUCUUUGAAAAUAACCUGUUACCUUGUGCUCCUUUCUCUUUGAAGCCUCAGAAAUGUAGGAAUUAUGGGUUGAUUUUUGCAUUUAAUUUCUACCUCUGGGUUUAUUCCAUCUUCUCCCUAUAACAUAGUUUAGAGUUUGGAAAUGUUCUGCCCAGCUUUCUCUUGAAUCCUCCCGAUUAUCCAGCCAGUUAAUUGAUUAUGCAGUAGACUCUGUAGAAACUGAAAACUUCCAUUAGUGAUACUUCAUCCACAACUCAGGAUCUCAAGCUUCAUGCAUAAGAAUUCAGCUGAACCAUUUGGAUCUCAUAGCCUUGUGUAUCGUUUUAGACAAACCAUUUGAGCUUAACUAAUAUAUUGCCCUCUCUUUGCUGUUUAAUGGUGUUCCUGAUUUGUGCUGUCCCUGUAUUAACUACUUAAAGCCAUGCAAGUCCCCCUACGUUAGGACAUCAGAUUGUAACGGUGAUGGCAGUUCUACACUGGGGGAGAACCCUCCCAAAUGCAUAUUCCUUUGCACUUUAUCUGUGAAUUUAGUGUUGUGAGUAGUGUGUGCCAAGUGGUAGUUUUGCAUCGUGUGGCAGAGAUAUUUUAAUAUGGUUAAAUGGAAUAUGACAUUUAUGGUGUAUUUCCAUGGACAUAGUAAAUGGUUGGGUAAGUUUUUCUUUUUUUUUAACCAGUCUCUUCUUACUGCAUACGUCAAUUUUGAUACAGUUUUUAGGGGAACAGUAGAAUGGUGAUAAUAAAUAGGAAAAGGCCCAGUUUGACCAGACAAAACUAGUUGACUAUCAGCUUAUAUAACGGUCUGAUGUUCAUGAUUAGAAAGCAAUGUAGUCUUGGCAUCCAACAGUGUCGUGUCAUUAGCUGAAACAAAUCAGCAUUUUUUAGAAGAUUUGAUGCGGUCCCCAAUGGUGUUUCAUUGGUAUGAUCUAAACUAUCAGCAGAAUAUUGUCAGAAAUUGUGUGUGUUUAUUUUUUUGUUUCAGUCAGUUCCUGCUGCAUCCUUAGAAGGCACAGUGCAUUAGACUUAUACUCCCAAAGUUGCCCUCUGGUGCCCAUUCUGUGUAUAGAGUUUCAGCUUUAUUUCUGUAGCAACAUGCCUCUGUUACUCCACAGUGACUGGGGAAAAGUUAUGCAGCCUAUUUUUAAUAAUAGUAUUGUGGAAAAACUAGUGUGGGAUGAUCUACCUUUUAAAUGAACUGAGGUUAAUUUAAAAAUGCAGAUCUUGACUGAAACAGUGACAUGCAGUCUUACCCAGAGGCAAGGCUAGAGAAUUCAGUUUAAUACCAGUAACACCACACAGUCUUACCCAGAGGCAAGGCUAGAGAAUUCAGUUUAAUACCAGUAACACCACACAGUCUUACCCAGAGGCAAGGCUAGAGAAUUCAGUUUAAUACCAGUAACACCACGCAGUCUUACCCAGAGGCAAGGCUAGAGAAUUCAGUUUAAUACCAGUAACACCACGCAGUCUUACCCAGAGGCAAGGCUAGAGAAUUCAGCUUAAUACCAGUAACACCACACAGUCUUACCCAGAGGCAAGGCUAGAGAAUUCAGUUUAAUACCAGUAGAGGUUGACAGGAGAUUUUCAUCCGUAAUACAAAAAAAGAAGAGAAGCACAACACUUUCUUUUGGAGAAUUGUGUCGGGGGAAACUCAUGAACAUUUGCUUCUGUCUUUUGUGGACACAGAUAUAUACCUUUUUUGGUGAUUUUGUUGUUGUGUUGUUGUUGUUUGUUUGUUUUGUCCGGUGUGUCGACAGCUUAACUAAGUUGGUUUGAUUGAAAUUGUAUUCAGCAAGCAGGCAAACACCAUCGUUUAUGGCUAUAGAAGACACCGUGUGUUAUCUGAAUGCACCUUUUUCCAUUUUCUCCCAAAGAGAUGAUCCAUAUUUUUCCAGUCCAGUGUUUGUUCUGCCCAUUUUGUAGGCAACAGUCAUGUUUUGAUUAUUACCAUCAUAUUAAAGUUGUAUGUAACGUGACAGCAGGAACACUUGAGCUGGCGCAGCCCUGACUGUGUCUGUAGUUCCUGUCUGUAAUGCUCCCUCUUCAUGUCACUUUGCCCAGAAUCUGCCAUAUGUCUUAAUUACUAAUACUUGAUCUCUUUCAUUUUGGAUCUAUGCAUCAUUAGGUCAUAUUGCAGACUUCCUGCAUGUCUGUAUAUUUACUUUGGUGUGUCCCUCUUUUGUUGUUGUUUUUGUUUUUUUGUGUUUUCAGACAGCGAUGACAGAAGUUAGCACAUGUCAUAGAACAUUCCUGUUCUCCCUCAGUGUUGUUUUACUACCCAAACCUGUUGUACUGUUCAGUGAUGCUCUUAACAAACAGGUCUGUGUGCUUAUAUGGUAGAUAGAGGGAUAAGGAUGGCUGCAGAUACCUCUUUGUUAAAAAGAAAAAGAAAAUUAAAAAAGAAACAAAAAACAAUGGGACAUCAGGACCUUUUAAAAGAUGUGUGUUGAACAUGGACCUUAGCCCUUGGUCGCACAGAGAAAGUGAUCUGUAAUCCUUCAGCGGCAUAGCAAACAUGAUCCAGUGUAGAGUGUCUCCAGCAGUAAGAACUUGGGCUGUCAGAUCUGAUUUCCUCAGUUUUAGUUUAGUCAUUUUGUUUGUUUGUUUUUUUUGUUGUUUUGCUUUGUUUUGUUUUUCUUUUCUGAUGUAACUUUGUCAUACAUAUCAUUCACAUUUAUUUUGUAUGACCAUGUUCUCUUUCAUUUUUGAUUGUGAGGCAAAUGGGGAGAAAGCUAAAUUGCAUUUUGAAAAAUAAACAAUUGUAAAUAACAUUCUUAAAAGAGUUCUACUUAAAUUGUACUGUACUUUCUAAAAUCAUAUUGAAAAAAUGAUCUACAGUUUUGUAGA